CCCCCAAAUCCAAAAGUGGAUGCGUGAAGAGCAAGAAGACACCAAACACUAUUAUGAUGUGUGGCAUGUGGCAAAAGGGUUAGCAAAGAAGAUGGAAGCACUCGCCAAAAAACCGGGAUGUGGAGAAUUGCGUGAUUGGAUCAAAAGCAUAUCAAAUCACUUGUACUGGUGCGCCUCGAGCAAUAAAGAUGGUGACAAAGAAGUGCUGUUGGCCAAGUGGCUUUCCAUUAUGAACCACAUCCAGAAUAUUCACGAGGGCCACGACAACGAGAAAUUUCCCCGCUGUGCGCAUGAGGUGAUUGACGAGUCAGAGCGAAAGAAGAAGUGGCUGAAGCCUAGCACUAAGGUCACCGAGAAGGUGAAUGCAUUGCUCACCAACAAACGCCUACAGACUGAUGUGAAAAAGCUGAGCCCAUUACACCAGACAUCAAGUGUGGAGGCCUUCCAUUCACUGAUUGUGCACUUCUGCCCAAAAUCAACUCAUUUCUCUUACCUUGGGAUGAAGAGCAGGCUUGCAUUGGCAGCUCUUCAUUACAAUGAGAACAGCAGUCGCCCAGUUGCAAAGACCAGUGGAGAUGCUUGCACAAUUAUUUUCCCAAAAUUCAAGCAAGGGGGAUUCAGUAUUCAGAAGUCCAAACCACCUGCCACCUACAAAUACCUCACAGAUCUGACGGAGAAACUGUGCGAUGAAGUUGUAUGUGACCCAGCAAGAUUUGGCAAAGUUCUUGAUGACAUCAAUGUCCCACCACCACUGGCAACGAAGUAUGUGCGUCCGAACAAGCAAGAAGCCGUCGCAAAUUGGUCCAAGCGCUUCAACUCAACGUAAGUUCAUUCUUAGUCCUCCUGAUCCAUAUUUGGCAGUUUGA